GCCUGAUGCUGGCGAGCCUGCUGCUCGUCUCCCUGUGUGUCGAGGCCGCAGCCAUGUUGGACGUCAGACUGGACGUCCACUGGGAGCUGUGGAAGAAGACUCACGGGAAGACGUAUCCAAAUGAGGUGGAGGAUGUGCGCCGCCGGGAAUUGUGGGAGAGGAACCUGAUGCUCAUUACUAAGCACAACCUGGAGGCCUCGAUGGGGCUUCAAACCUACGAUCUGAGUAUGAACCACAUGGGAGACCUGACAACAGAAGAGAUCAUGCAGUCGUACGCCACGCUCACUCCACCUGCCGACAUCCAGAGGGCGCCAGCUCCUUUCGUGGGGUCAGGCGCGGAUGUUCCGGUCUCGGUGGACUGGAGACUCCAAGGCUGCGUCACCAGCGUCAAAAUGCAGGGUUCAUGUGGCUCUUGCUGGGCCUUCAGUGCUGCAGGGGCCCUCGAGGGCCAGCUGGCCAAGACCACAGGGAAGCUGGUGGAUCUCAGCCCCCAAAACCUGGUGGACUGUUCUCUGAAAUACGGCAACAAAGGCUGCAACGGGGGCUUCAUGGACAGGGCCUUCCAGUACGUCAUCGACAACAAGGGCAUCGACUCAGAGGCUUCGUACCCGUACAGAGGACAGUUGCAGCAGUGCAGCUACAACCCAUCCUACCGCGCCGCCAACUGCUCCAGGUACAGCUUCCUGCCUGAAGGCGACGAGGGGGCUCUGAAGAACGCGCUCGCCACCAUCGGGCCCAUCUCAGUGGCUAUCGACGCCACGAGGCCCACAUUUGCUUUCUACAGGAGCGGAGUAUACAACGACCCAACCUGCACCCAGAGAGUGAACCACGGGGUGUUGGCUGUGGGCUACGGCACUGAGAGCGGGCAGGACUACUGGCUGGUGAAGAAUAGCUGGGGAACCUCUUUCGGAGACAAGGGCUACAUCCGGAUGUCGCGCAACAAGAAUGACCAGUGUGGCAUCGCCCUGUAUUGCUCCUAUCCCAUCAUGUAGCAACACGGAAAAACAAAACAUCUUUAGAAAAAUCAUAACUCGCUUGUUUGUUCUGUGAAAAUUUAUACCUGAAAAUGUUUUACUGUAACAGUCACUAAGUACCAACACGUCAUCAAAUUCACUGUGUUGUGUUUGUGUGAUUUUAAAAUCUGUAAUAAUGAAAUAUAUGCACUCAUUGCUGAGGCUCAGACAGGUUUGGAUCCAUAUAUAGGUUUACUCUCAGUUAACAUCACGUCUAUGCCUGCGAUGCAGUGGAGGUGAAGAAGUGAUUUUUGCUCCAGCAGCUGUUAAACCUGCCAUAAAAGCCAUCUGAAAGGAAUCCAUUGACGUGGGAAAUUGGUGUGUUGGUCAAUUUAGCUUUUACAUGUUACCGGGGAACGUCAAAAUCAAUACCUGUGUCUCUGGUAGAUAUUUGUGCACAUGUUGAUGUAGCAUGUACAAGCUGCCUAUAGGCAACUAAGGUUAUCAUCCACAGGACAGAAAAAAAAGUCCUUCUGGUGUUUUUAUUUCCUUGUGACGCCAAAUAUUAAACUUUACCAAGACGUCAGCAGAGUCCGUCCAUCCAAUAUUUAUCACUCAUGCUUUGAUGGCAGAGGCGGAGCUGGAUUCAAUCCUAGCUGACGUUUGGUUAGAGGCGGCUUACACCCGGGGCAGGUCGUCAGAUUAUCACAGGGCUGACAAACAACCAUUCACCGUCACAUCCACGAGUCUCCAGUUAACUUAAGUUGUACGUCUUUGGACUGUGGGAGGAAGUCGGAGAAAUCCCAGACACAGAGUGAACAUGCAAACUCGACACUAUUAACCACUGUGCACAACAAAGAUGAUGGAAACUGCAUCUUCAGUAACACAAUCCCAGAGUCCUGAGAUGAUCUAUUUUGUUGAACCCAAACAGGAAGUGAAAUACGAAAAAUGAUGACAAGUUGUGUUUUGACAACCCAAUGAUUGACUGAAUCGUCUCUUUGUUUGUUGCAGUGACCUUUGUUUUGAGUCUUAAUGCUAAACUAACUAACUGAUGGCUUUAAUUUUUAUAUACUUUCCAUGCAAAGAAAGCUAAUAAGCAUGUUUCCUCAAAUGUUGCAUAACUACUUUGAAGCCUGCUACCCACAGAAAGACUAAUAUGGGCUUUGACCAAAAUAUUGAUUUAUCUUAAAAUGUUCAGAGUGGCAACAAUAAAACUGGUGAAACAUUA